GUGGGAUUUUAGCUACCGUCCAUCUUCAGCUACAUUACAGUGAGCGAGCUUGUCGAAAAGAAAACACAAUUUGGAAGUGAAGAAGACUUUCUGGAAUAAGUUUUGGCUCUAUUUGAUAAAAGACAAACGAAAGCCCAUAUCCUAGGUAAAUGUCGUGAUCCAGUAUAAAUCUAGAUUGUCGGGUUGACCCAGUUUCCCUUUUUCCUAAAUUUGGCUAGCUGGCUAGCUAAGCUGCUAGCUAGCAUUUUAUGCAUUAGCUAGCCAGACAUUUAGCAAUAUUAGCUUGCAGGGUAACGAUUAAAAUGGAUUCUGAUAUAUUGUGCCUCUAAAAUGCAAAACCACAAUAUAAAAGCUGUACUGAACCCUGGAAUAAUUAUGCAUGAAUAUGAUAAUUAUAACAAUGAACACGCUUCGUGGUGCUUGUUUUGAAACGGGCCAGUUAGUCACCGAGCGAGCUGUUGGAGCUAGUGUUCACGUUAGCGGGCUAGGUGGCUCAUUUUAGCUGACAAUCAUGUCACUAACAGGGAGAUCGGACACGUUAACUAUGAUUUAAAGAAACUAGACCCGGUUUCCAAAAUUCUGUGUUCAAAUCACUUUAAUAUUUGAGGUUAUAUUUUCAUGCAGCCACCGUGAAGUGAAGAGUUAACUGGAGUUUCCGUCUGAGCCUCUCAGGACACAGGAGGACUGAUGGCUCCUUUGAAUGAAUUUGUGUUUUGUUUGAAAGACACACUGAUGCACUUUUCUUUGUUCAGCUUACUUUGUGACAGACGGAAUGUGGACAUUGUCGUAGUCAGGGCCAUGGCUGACAAGAGAAAACUUCAAGGUAAGAGUCCUGAUGGAAGGAAAGGUGCACAGGAUCUCCAUCAGACUCUGGACCAAGUUUUAUCAGAUUUCUAACUGCAUCAUUAUCCCCUCAGGUGAGAUCGAUAGAUGCUUGAAAAAAGUAGCAGAAGGUGUAGAGCAGUUUGAAGACAUUUGGCAAAAGGUGAGCGAAUAGUUUAAUGUGGAUGUGUUUGACUUCAGUUUGUUUUUAGUCAUUAAACUAAUAUAUAUCUUUUUCUUAAUGUUUUCAAUAGCUUCACAAUGCAGCCAAUGCAAACCAGAAGGAAAAAUACGAGGCUGACCUCAAGAAAGAGAUUAAAAAACUACAGGUAAAACACUUUACGAAUGCGUUCAUUUUUACUACAAUCUUUUCCAACAUGUUCUCCUGUAAACCUUGGUGAUGUUGUGCUCAUUCACGCCUUGUGUUCUUUUUUCAGCGAUUGAGAGAUCAGAUAAAAACAUGGGUGGCCUCAAACGAAAUCAAAGACAAAAGGCAGCUAGUCGAGAACCGCAAACUCAUAGAGACAGUAGGAUUCUCUUGAAUUUCUCCAGAAUGACAUGAUGUGUUUGCAAUCUCGUAUUUACCAAAACACGGUUCAUGUGAUUUUUGUUUUCUUCUUUAGCAAAUGGAGCGGUUUAAAGUAGUGGAACGGGAAACAAAAACAAAAGCGUACUCUAAAGAAGGCCUGGGGCUCGCUCAGAAAGUCGAUCCAGCUCAGAGGGAAAAGGAGGAAACGGGACAGUGGCUAACAGUAAGACAUCAUCUUUUUUUCUUUACAUUUGUCACAUCUCAGUGGAUAAUUUUGUCAUUUUCUGUCUUUAUCUCAAAUAUGAAAAAGAGCUUUUAAAAAAGAUAACUUUAUUUUGAGGAAAUUUAAAAAAACAAACAUUGUGGUUCAAACAAUAUCAGGAAGAAGUUUUGAUCAGUUCCAUUUACAUUGAUAUUGUGUUUUUGCCUCCUCAGAAUACGAUAGACACUCUGAAUAUGCAGGUGGAUCAGUUUGAAAGUGAAGUGGAAUCUCUCUCUGUUCAAACGAGGAAGAAAAAGGGCGAUAAAGAGGUAAGAAUUCUAUCACAAUACAUUUUAUUGAGAGGAUCUGUAAUUGCCAUGCAUAUCCAUUGUUGUGCAGUCCAAUGUAACAUCGUAAAGAUUAUCAGAAACCACUAUCUUAUCAUCUCUUUUUCAUGUAGAAACAGGAUCGUAUCGAGGAGCUCAAGAGGUUGAUUGAGAGGCAUCGAUUCCACAUUCGGAUGUUGGAGACCAUUUUACGAAUGCUGGACAAUGACUCGAUAGCAGUGGACGCAAUACAGAAGAUCAAGGAUGAUGUAGAAUACUACAUCGACUCUUCCCAAGACCCAGAUUUUGAGGAGAAUGAGUUCUUGUAUGACGACUUGGACUUGGAAGACAUCCGUGAGUAAAGCUCUGUGGGCGUUUUUGACCCUUGAAUUUAUAAAGUAGACAUCGGAGAGUCAAUAAGGAAAACAUGCGACACUUUUCUCUGUCCUGUCUGUCUCUCACAGCUGCAGCUUUAGUUGCGACUUCUCCAUCAGGUCAGGGAAAUGUGGAAGAUGAGCUGUAUCUCCACUCCAGCAGCACUCCCACUUCCACCACCUCUUCUUCACCCAUCCCUCCAUCCCCAGCUACUUGCACUGCUGUAAGUUUUUCUCUUUUAUAUUAUCACACUUUGACACUUUGGGUGUUUAAGGGGAUGCUGGGUAGAAAAGUACAUUCUGUCACAAUGCAUUGAGUUCAACAACACCAGCUGUUUAAUCCACUGACCAGUUUGCUGAUUUAACAUUUGAAAAAGUGGAUUGUCAUAUCAAGGUAUCUCCUCCUAUAGGAGAACUCAGAGGACGAUAAGAAAAGGGGACGGUCGACAGACAGUGAAGUUAGUCAGGUGAGAGGCUCUCAUCUGUGCUGUGCAAGUAGAUGAACAGUUUAGUGCAGCUCUCUUCACCCUUGGUCCUGAAGAGUCUUGGUGGCUGAAGGGGUUUGGCCUCUCAAGCACUGAAAAGGAUCAAGCUCUGUCUCUGUGGGACCAUGGUGGGAGACUCCUGAUGUAGUUUGUACCAUCUCCUGCUUAAAUGGGCUUUUUUUAGUUCACAGUAAACUUUGGUCCUCCUACACUUCUUACAGCUGAAGCUGCCCUCUGCACUGUUAAGUUGAAAAUCUUUUUUUUUUUCUGGUGCUCUGUCAUUUUCAGUCACCUGUGAAGAACGGCACCCCAUCCUUGCUAUCUUCCUUCUCUUCCUCUACCACAUCUGGGUCCUCCUCAUCUUCCUCCCUGGUGUCCAUGGCAAGCGUAGUCGGAGGCAUUUCAGCAGUUCCAACAAGCAGCAGUCUCAUAGGCAGCUUCAGCAGCGCGGUGCAGCAACACCAGCAUCCACCUGCACAGCAGCAGCAACAACCUCAGCCACCGAACCAACCGCAGCUGCAGCAACAGCAGCAGCCACCUCAGACAAAACCCUCUGUCCCGUCAAAUAACACCCCCAGCCCACCCAGCAACCCCCUACUCCCUGCCUCAACUGCCCCUGCUCUUCCCACACCCAGCACGCCCAUCUCAUCAGCACCCAACUCUCAGCCUCAGCCCACAUCAGGGCCCACACCUACAUCCAGUUUGGGACUCGGGCUGGGGCUAGGGUUAAGCAAAGGUGGCUUGACGGGGACCAGCAGCGCCAGCCAAAUGUCCAGUUUAGGUCUGGGUGGCCACCCCACUCCUCUAAACACAAUAGCAGGGCUCAUUUCAGGCUCCACACCUGCCCCUUAUGCUCAGGCAGCAGCAACUGGAGGCUUGGGUCUGAACAGCACCACACAGUCCAGCAUUUCAGUGGACAGCAGCACUUCCAUUCCCACCUCCGGCUCCAGUGGAGUCACCACCAACGGGGCGGGGACAGGGCUUGGUCUGCUGGGUUCCAGCCCAGCUCACAGCUCUUUGAGUGGGAGUAUUCUCGGGCUGGUUCCUGGGCAAAAUGUAGCCCCCGGUGCUUCUCAGGUGCCACCAAGUUCUGUUAGCAGUACCCCCGGGGUGGUUGGCAUGAUGGGAGGCAAUGGAGGGAGUGUUGGCGUGGUUGGAGGAGUUGGGGUUAAUGCUGCCCCUGCAAGACCACCCAGUGGACUGAAGCAAAAUGGAAGCACAAGUAUGUUACCUCAAUGAGCAUGUGUGGCUCUCAAUGUUUGAACAUUUCCUUUUCUUAUACAGCCUAACCUCUUGUGUACUGGUCCACAGGUUACAGUGCUGUGGUGGCAGAGAGCUCCACAGAAUCAGCUCUAAGCACACCAAGCCAGUCACAAAGCAGCCAACCGUCAUCUCUCAGUUCUUCAACCAGUCAGCCGUGAGUCACUGUUUUCAUUCGUUUGUUUGAUCUGAGUCCAAAAGCAUUUCUUUUUUUUUUUCACAAACUCGUUCUGAACUUUUUUUUGUCCCUUCUCAACUUUUUGCAGGAUGGACAACGGCCCAAGUUUAAUCAGCUCCAUCACCCUGCCACCCAGCUCUCCGUCCCCCUCGUUCUCAGACAGCACACCUGGAGGAGGUAGUCUUCUCAAUGGGCCUCAUUCCUACACACAGGCCUCUGAGGGCCUCAAGGUGAGACGACAAAGCAUGGAGCCUUAUACUGGGUCAUGUGAACCAACAAGAUCACAAAGAGUUAAUAUUGCUGCUGCUCAACAAGGUUGUGAUUAUCAGGCAAAUGACAAACUGUGGACUUAGAAGAUUACUUUCAACAAAUUAUACUUGACUUUUUCAAGUUAUGUGACCUAAUAUUGAGAUAUCAUUGUUUCCUUAAGGCCGUUACACUUCCAGUAGUGACUAAUGAUGAUACGGAAAAGGAAUAAAUAUCUAUGAGGGUGGAUGACCAAGUGAUAAAAUCAGAAUUGGUGGUUGUGUAGGUUCUUUAGAUCACUAUAGUAGGGAAUCAGUUUUAAAUUUAGUUUAGUUUUUUAGUUGUAAAUCAAUUCUUGAAAGUAUUUCCGUCUGGUUAUGAUCGUUUGUACAGGGAUUUAAUAAAACUGCCUGUCUGUCACAACUCUACUAAUACAUCUAUGAAUUUUGAAUUUACUAUUCGUCAGUCAAUCCAGCUGAAAUUUCACUCAUGAAAUCUUCAUACACUGCCCUGUCACUCUUUUAUGAUCUAAACUGUGAUUACUCUACUCUCACUCUUUCCUAUCAAUCAGCCUCCUUGGUCUGAUCUUGUCUCCGUCUUUUCCCCACGUCAGGCCCCAGAGCCCCUCAGCUCUCUGAAGGCGAUGGCUGAGAGAGCCGCCCUGGGAUCAGGCCUGGAUGGAGAGAUUCCCAACGUGCACCUAACAGACAGAGGUCAGAACAGUCAGAUACUUUCUGUUGUGAUUUGUUGGGACAUAAAAAGCUUAGAAAUACACACCUGCGACCUUCUUUUACAUACACAUAACCACUGCACAACUCUGUGCAUUAGAUGGCCUUUGAAAACAGUUUUUAACCCAAAGUGGACUAUGCUCAGUCAAUACACUCAUAGUUGUGUUGUGGUGUUUUAACCAGAAGAUGGUGCAUGUGCUGCCAUGACUUCAAGUGCAACUGUCAUCAUCACAUGGAAAAUUGGAAAUUUGCACCUUUUCAUCUAUAUAUUGUUGGUGACUAUGCUACACAAAGCAUAUAUUUGGGCAGCACAGUCCUGGCCAGUAACACUGAUUUUUAACAACUUUCUUCCCAUGUCACCUUGCCAUAUUCAUGCAUGUAAGAGAAUCUGUGGUGUAGUUUUUAGUCAGGAACUGUUAUGAAGGACUGUUUUUAUCGAUAUACCGAAGUAUAAUGACAGUACUUGUAGCUAGCAGGAAUGCUGAUUCCAUAUGCUGUAAAAUAAAAGGUUCGAGAAUAAGAUACACAGACUGUAUGUUGUGAAUUUGAAAUCACAAAAAGACGAUUGAAACCUUUUCCCUACUUAGUUUUCAAAUCUGCAUAGUUGUGAUGACAUGAUUAAUGUCAUUUAUCUUUCUCGCCUCGUCUCUUUCCCGCAGAUAUCUUUUCUGGCUCCUCUGCGGCGCCUGGGACACCUGCCGCUCCUCAGCCGUCCGUGUCAGAGGUCAGCAUCCCCCCUUCGCUCGGGGUCUGUCCACUUGGCCCCACCCCUCUACCUAAGGACCAGCUGUACCAGCAGGCCAUGCAGGAGUCUGCGUGGACACACAUGCCACACCCCUCCGACUCUGAGAGGAUAAGGUGAGGGCGCCUUUUAUCGCAGAGGUUUAAAUGUAUUCAACAGUAAUUCCACACACUUUACAUUGAGGGUCUUCUGUACAAAAUUAAAGUCCCAGCUUUAAUGGUUUUCUUUUUUAAUGUGAAUUCAGUUCAGCCAACUCAAAAAAGAAAGAAAAUAUAUUUAUUUUUCAUAUUCACAGAAACAAAGAUAUUAACAGACUGAACCACAAAUCAAGUCUAACUCUGGUUUGAUGGAGGUUCAUCAUUUUCCAAAAUCUGUGAAAAAACAUAAAUGCUGUUUUUAUAUGUGGACAGCUGUAUGAGUUAUUAACAACAGCAUUUAAGAGUUUUAAUUUAAUUUGAAGCUAAUCAUUGUUUCUAAUUUAUCAUGGAUCUGGUUGGUUUAAAAGAAUCUGUUCUUUAUUUUCAUUUCAUUGUUACAUGAAAUCACCUCUCUGUUUUCACUCCUUUGUUCCUGUGGCUCACUAUCUUUGCUUCCAUCCCACAGGCAAUACCUGAUGAGGAAUCCAUGUCCCACUUUGCCCUUCCAUCAUCAGGUACCGCCACACCAUUCUGACUCCAUAGAGUUCUACCAGAGACUGUCCACAGAGACACUCUUCUUCAUCUUCUACUACCUGGAGGUAAGAAAAAGAUGCGCUCCCACCAAGCUAUGUCUUCUGGUCUGGCUCUGUGGUCUUACUGGUUUGUUUCUGCUGCCGCUUUUAGGGCACCAAGGCUCAGUAUCUGUCUGCCAAGGCUCUUAAGAAGCAGUCAUGGAGGUUUCACACCAAGUACAUGAUGUGGUUCCAGAGACACGAGGAGCCCAAGACUAUCACUGAUGAGUUUGAACAGGUGCAGACUCAACACGCUUCACAUAACUUCUUAAACUCAAAGUAUUAGGACUUGUGGUGUCAGCUGUUGUGUUUGGAGUCGUUGAUUGAUUGUUUCCACUCUUCUAUCCAUGCAGGGCACUUACAUUUACUUUGACUAUGAGAAAUGGGGCCAGAGGAAGAAGGAGGGGUUCACCUUCGAGUACAGGUACCUGGAAGACCGAGACCUGCAGUGACACACAGAGCGGACGCAAGAGGAUGGAGAGAGACAAAACGUGCUGCUGUUGACAUUCCGAGACUGAACUUCAAACUGUGGAUAGAGAUUGUGAUGUGUAGUAGAAACCCUCUCCUGGAAUGGAGACUGGUGUCUGUAUAGGCUGCAUCUCGACGUGACACCCUCGCUCCUCGUGCAGCGCUUUGCUUUUGACAAAAACUGCCCCGUGGGACUGAUGAAAGGCACAGUGCUGCACGAGUUGGGGGGGCUCUCACUAGAGAUCUGCGUUUGUGCCUGUCUGUGUGCACACUCAGUAUGUGGCAUUAGGAAAGCCUACCCCAUGCAUGUUUCUCAUGUUUUUGUUUUCUUUUCUCCGUUUCAACAAGAUUCUCUGUACCACCUACCCGACAUGAGCCUGGAAGCCUUUGACUUGACACAAAACAAACCUUGGAUUUGAUUGUUGAGUAAACUGCCCUACUUGUAUUUACUGUAAUUUGGUGGUUUAGAAUGGGGAGGUACAGCGGACAUUUAGUCAUGGUGUGUAGGACUGGCUUCUUUUAAGACCCUACGAUGCCUGUUGAAUAUGGUCACUAUUAGAGAUAGUGAGCGUUUAUCAAUAGUUUUAUUGAUAUUGUCUUGGUCGAUUUAAAACGCUGAUUGAGAGUGACCACAGGGCCUCUCCGUGUGACAGGGAAAGAGUCCUUAUUGGACAUGGAUUAAAUUGCUAUGCAAUUGAACUGGUCUCUGACUCCCUCUCUUUACAAAUAAAAUGUUUUUAAGUUAACAUGUCAAAGAAAAUGCAUUAUUAUGGCGCAUUCAUGUUUGUGACAAAUUAAUAAACUUGUAAAAGAAAUCUGAAAAAUAGGGUUUGAGACAUUAAUUUACUUGAUGUUUGAUACUCUUGCCAUUGAGGGAUUUUCAUCAACCUCAGUGCAAAGAGUCAUGCUAAGCGUAGUGAAUGUACCUGCACCCAAAUCACCUCUUAAUUACUCUGGAGAUACACAGCAUCAGAUAAUGAAUCUGAGUUUGCUUUGAGUCGAACUUCCCACCUUUAGUUGAGGUUUUAUUCUCUUCUGUUGAUGUUUCUUCAUCUUAAGAGCCACUGUGUUCAAUUUACCACCUGAUAUUUAAGUGGAACCCCUAUACAGUGAAUGUGCACUGAUUACUUGUUUACAUGUAAAAUGAAAACACAGAAAUCCUGAAAUUCUGGUGGUAGAUUAAACGUGUGGAUUUGAGAAAGCCAUGUCUCAUCUCUGCUGUGGUUGUUUAUGUGCUACCCUGAAGAAGAAAAACAAGGUUGAAUCUGGUUCUGGAUCUGGUGCGGGACAGAUCCAGCUGUUUAUUCGAAGUAUGGGGAGGGUAUUAAAGUAAAUCAAAAAUUUUCCAUUUAAAGCAACCACGAAAACUCCUGUACUGCAGCUAAACUUUAUGUUGUGUGUGAUUAGUUUUCAGGCUUUUUGGGAGGGAGUGGGGGGGGUGAGGAAGGUAUUAAAAAUGGAAAAUAAAACAAAGUUAUGAGAGAUUUGCCUUUUAUAGAUUCUAUUUUUGGGGCUUUUAAAGGUUUUCAGAAAGGGAAGGUCCGUUAAGAAAUUAAUAAAAUGUGAAUUUCAAGACAUUUACAAUUUUUUCUCAUCACAGUUCUGCAUGGGAGAUGUCAUAAAACGGGGUUAUAACAGGAUUGUAAAAUUUCAAUAAAUACUUUUAAGAAAGUACAAGUUAGUGUGGUGUACAGUCCUGUUAUUCUUUCAUGGGAUAUCGAUUCAUGUUUGCUUUGCUUCUUUAAUGAAUGUGACUGAAACUCUUCUGGUAAACCGAUGGGUUUAUUUUUAAAACAUUACUAAUGUGGUAGUUUAAUAUCUAUUUUUUUAAGAGAACAAACGAGACCUUUUUGAAAGCAGAGAGGAUGCAGUUAAAACUUGUACAUAUUUUAUUCAGAUGGCAAAAAAAGAUCAAGCAGUAAAACAAAAUAAAAAACAAAUAUUCUAGAUGAAUUUAACCAACACUCUGCAGCAACUUUGUAUGUACAGUGAGCCAAGUGUGUGUGUGUGCGCAUGUGUUCACAUCUUAGCAUCCUUCUUGACUUUGAGAA